CACGCCUUAUGUGGAUGGAAAGAGAUAUCGAUUGGAUUUUCUGUCGUAUCAAGUCAAUAUCACAGGGCAUUUGACUUAUUAACGAAAUGAAAGGAUAUCGAAUCCGAGUUUUGACCCUAUGGAUAGCUUACGCAACGGAACCAGUCUUCUCUUGGACGCGCUGUGUAACGCAUCCAGGCGAUCAUUUGAUAACCGUUUCGCCGUAGAUUCGAACCAAUCCUCGAAAUUCAAAUUUGAAUGGCUGCAACGGAGAGAACGCCGCUAACGCGGCCAACAGAUUCAUCAAAUUACGUAGAAUUUUCAAAUAUUCUACGAACGCGAACCACAAGAGUUCGACAUUUCCAGUGCUGUGUCUGUGCUACUUUACUAGCUCUAUUCAUGAUGGCUCUGGUGAUAACAGUCAGUUAUUCGGUGAAUCAGGCUAUUAAUGAUUCCAACAUUACAUCUCCCAACAACGAAAAACCACCUCAUCUACUACAAUCUAAUUGGAAGCUUCCGCCAUCCCACAUCAACAACGAAGAUAAAAAUUCGAAUGCAUUAACUGACCUCGAAUGGCAAAGCGGUCUGACAGCAGGUCAUAAAGCAAUAAAAAGGCGCGAGGAAGCUGAUGCGGAAGCUACCCCUCUUAUAAAUCCUUCGCCGAAUUCCAGACACCAGUUUGCUGUUAGUACAAGUGUUUUUGCCGGUCGUCUCGCCCUCGCAGGACUUGCUGAAAUAGCUGCAACGCGCACUAUCGAAAGUGGUAGGCUACUACGUGGAGAAAAAUCCUCCAUUGGAUCAUACUUUGAUGGUGGUUGGGCACCAGGUGGAACCUGCAAGGAGUUUUCCAAUUUAAUAUGCACAAGAGAUAAAUACCGGAGCUUAGAUGGCACUUGCAAUCAUAAAAAACAGUGGGGCUCCGCUUUCACACCCUUCAGAAGAUCUCUCCCACCAGAGUAUGCCGAUGGACUAAACUUACCGAGAGAUGGGAAAAUGGGGAGCACUUUACCAUCGGCAAGAGAAGUCAGUCUUCUGGUUCACCCACCUUCACCGAGUUCGAAUCCAUCGUUCACUGUAAUGUUAGCUGUAUUUGGACAGUUCUUUGACCACGAUAUAACAGCGACUGCUAUAAGUCAAGGAACUAAUGGUAGCUCUUUAGCAUGUUGUCCGCCAGCAAGUAGACAUCCGGAGUGCUUUCCCGUUAGCGUAGGUCCUGGAGAUCCUGUUUACGAUUACACAGGAAAUACUUGCAUGGAAUUUGUGAGAUCUGCACCAGCACCACAAUGUAAACUUGCACCUCGACAACAGCUCAAUCAGGUCAGUGCAUUCAUCGAUGCCUCUCUAGUUUACGGAGCAACAGAGCCCGCAGCCAAAGCCCUUCGUGAGGGUGUAGGAGGUCGGUUGGAAAUGCAAAGAACUCCGGAUAAUCGAACUCUGCUUCCUCCAAGCCGAAAUCCAAAUGAUGGCUGCAAUCGGGAGGUUGAAAAUGCACGUGGCCGGUACUGUUUUGCAUCUGGAGAUGCCAGGGCUAAUGAAAACCUCCACCUAACAACCAUGCAUUUGUUAUGGGCAAGACAACACAAUCGAAUUGCAGAUCAAUUGUCAUCCAUAAAUCCUCAAUGGGAUGAUGAAAUACUUUAUCAAGAAACACGACGUAUAGUUGCAGCUCAAUUACAGCAUAUUAGUUAUAAAGAAUUCCUGCCCAUAGUUAUUGGUGAAAAUGCUAUGAAGAAACAUAAUCUUAAACCUCUCAUUUCCGGUUAUAGGGAGGAAUAUAAUCCCAAAAUAAAUCCAACGAUUGCAAAUGAAUUUGCUGCAGCAGCCUUCAGGUUUGCUCACACUCUGCUUCCGGGUCUAAUGAGAGUAACCAACGCAGCAAAGGGAACUACGUCUUACAUAAAGCUUCAUAAAAUGCUCUUUAAUCCCUACAGUUUAUAUGCUCCAGGUGGCUUUGAGGACACUAUUACUUCGGCCACUACCAAUGUUAUACAGCAAACGUCGACACAUGUUACUUCACAACUGACUAGACACAUGUUCGAAGACCCUGUUGCAAAUAGUUCGGUCCCAUGUGGUUUGGAUUUGGUGUCUUUAAAUAUACAACGAGGCAGAGAUCACGGAUUACCGGGAUAUCCGGCCUGGAGAGAACACUGCGGUCUUAGUCGUCCGAAUGAUUUUUCAGAUUUGAAAGAUGAUCUCGACCCUGAUGCACUUGAAGCGAUGUCAAAGUUAUACAACUCUGUAGAUGAUAUCGAUUUAUACAGCGGAGCAUUGGCUGAGUUACCUUCGGGAGAUGGACUUUUAGGACCGACAUUCACGUGUCUUAUAACCGAUCAGUUUGUGAGGUUGCAAAAAGGUGAUCGAUAUUGGUAUGAGACUAGCGAAGCUCCACAGGCCUUUACAAAAGAUCAAUUACAAGAGAUUCGUAAAAUUUCGUUAGCUAAACUGAUAUGCGAAUGUUCCGAUGGAGUUACACGGAUUCAACCAGAAGUAAUGCGUGCAAUCGGAUCAGACAAUCCAAUUGAGUCAUGUCAAAAUAUUCCAGGCCCAUCUCUGGAUCGAUGGAAAGAAAGAAGAAAUGUUGUAUCAGUUAAAUUAGCUUCGACUGCAUUAUCGGAUUGGGAGGUGCUAAAGAGUGAUAUUAAUGAAACAAUACAAGAUAUCAUCGAUAGGGUUAAUGCAACUAGAGAAAAUAUAGGGGACUGACUAACUCAAGCUCAAGGAUUCUCGAUGAUCUUAAUU